AUCUAGUCAUUAGAACACAGGGAGGGAGGUAUCUUCCGCAAACCGCAAUGGCCUCCAAGACCGUGCUCAGAGCUGCUGUCUUCAUAGCAGAGCCAUGGCGACCUCUGCCUAGAAAGACACCCCCCUUCUCCGCGCCCUUUUUUUUGACCCAAAACCUCUCACCGCCCCAUUUGCGUUGUGGUUGUAAGCUCAUAAAGGCCCCAAAGUAUUAUACGAGGUUCCCAAGAAGAACUCAGCCUCUGAAUUGCUCCAAUAAUGAAACCCCAUCGUCAUCUCCCGAAGAUUUUGAGCAAAAUCCUCCUCAAGAAGCAGUUCUCAAGGCGAUUUCAGAAGUGUCCAAGACAGAAGGGAGGGUUGGCCAGACUACGAAUAUGGUUAUUGGAGGCACUACGCAUGAUGAUUCCACCAAUGAAUGGCUUGCUUUGGAUAAGAAGGGAAGUGAAUCGUUCUUCAGGAGUGUAUUGGCUAGUAUGGAAGCAGUUUACCUGAACAAAAAUCCUUCUGCUAAAGCCAUUUUGGAGCUCGUUCGAUCUGCAGAUGGUGAUCGAAUUUGCUAUGACCAUUUUGCUUUCAGAACCUUUGGGGUAAAUGGGCAUGGGAUUGAUUCCAUGGCGAAAUUCUUCUUGGACUUUGGUUACGAGAAACGGGAAGAGCUGAGGUUCCCUGCAAAGAAGUUGAAAGCCUUCUGGUUCGCUCCUCCGAAGUUGUUACAUUCUGAGAAUGGAACUCGUGUUAGUGGGCCCUUGCCGAGAAUUUUCAUAUCAGAACUCCUUGUUGAUCAAAUGAGUCCAGGAGCUCAGGAAAUAAUUAGAAAGUAUACUAACAUAUCUGGCAAUGGAUAUGGGCAUGCACCUCUUGCCAGUGCAUUGGAUUGCCUCACAUGGGAAAAGCCCUCAUUUGAAGAAUUCCAGAAAUUGGCUAGUGAAAGCGAAUAUGCUGCUUGGACACUUGUCAAUGGCUAUGCUUUGAAUCACGUGACUAUAUCUACUCAUCGCUUGAGAUCAAACUUGGCAAGUAUUGACAGUUUCAAUCGGUUCAUUGAGGAGAAUGAUUUUAAGCUGAACUCCGAAGGGGGUAUUUUGAAAGUGAGCCCCGAUGGUCUUCUGCUGCAAAGUUCAACCGUGGCAGAUUCUGCCCCUUUUCAAUUUUCAGACGGCUCAACAGAAUUGGUCCCAUGUUCUUACAUUGAAUUUGCCGAACGUCUUGUCUUGCCUGAGUACAAAGAUUUACCUCGCGAAGAGAUAAAGGAAUUUCACAGGCGAGAUGGGUUCGAGGUUGGAAAUGCUGACAAGAUAUUCGAGAGCACAUCGAGGGAUCAACUAACCAGGAAGGUUGCGUAAUCGACCAGUUUGGAGAUAAGCAGUUGAAAAUCGUGUAAGCUAUUACUGAGAACUAUGUUUAUGCUGGAAUUCCAGCAAAAAUGGUACCCCUAGAAACAUGCAGGAAUAUAAAAGACAAUCUUGAAAAUGGAUAAGGCAAUGCUCUUUUAUAUUGUAAUAAUAAAGUGCUGAUUUAUUGGAACAUAAUCUCGUAGGUUUGGUGCAUACAUAUUAAA